AUGGGAGUGAAGAAACUAAGUCCGCGGUAUUUAGGACCAUAUCUUAUUUUGGACCGGAUUGGAGAAUCAGCGUAUCGAUUGGCGUUACCGCCUAACCUGUCAGGAAUUCACGAUGUAUUUCAUGUGUCGCAGCUGAGGAGAUAUCUCUCCGAUCCGUCUCAUGUGUUACAGCUUGAAGAAGUGGAACUAAGGGAAAAUCUAACGUACCAAGUUCAGCCGUUUCAGAUUCUGGAGAGAUCUGUUAAACAACUCCGUUCAAAAGAGAUACCGCUGGUGAAAGUAUUGUGGAACAACAAGUCAGCAGCUGAAGCCACGUGGGAACGCGAAGAUGAAAUUCGGAAACGCUACCCUGAACUAUUUAAUUAG